AUGCCUCUCUCUCCUCCUCCGCCACCCCCGCGCCGCCGUCGAGCCGCGCGUUCCGCAGCGGCGCGCGGGCUAGGCAUACCGGCGACGCCAGCUGGCGGCGAGCGCUGGCCCGGCACGGCCCGCUGCGCGCGGGGCCGCGGUCUCACCACUCCACCUGCCAGUGGAGUGACGCUCGCCUUUUGCCCUCCAGGCUCGCUGGGCACGUCGGUGUUCGACACGGACGUGUACCUGGUCGGGGCGUCCGGCGGCGUGUACGCGCUGUUGGCGGCCCAUCUCGCCAACGUGCUCCUCAACUACAACAAUAUGGAAUUCGGCAUCGUGCGCCUCAUCGGGAUCUUUGUUGUAGCGAGUGCAGACGUGGGCUUCGCAGUUUACGACCGCUACGCUGCGGACGCAACCCAGCUCUCUCCGCCGGUGUCCUACGUAGCGCACCUGACCGGGGCUCUGGCAGGGCUCACCAUCGGCCUGCUUGUGCUCAAGAACUUCGAGCAGAAGCUGCACGAACAGCUCAUGUGGUGGGUGGCGCUGGGCGUGUACGCGGCCUGCACCCUGUUCGCCGUCCUCUUCAAUGUGUUCAACCCGGCGUACGUGUGAGCACGAGGGCGAGUGUACGAUCGACUUUUCGAGCGACGAGGGCGGGCGCGGGUGUCGACCCCCGUCCGCCGGUCGCGGACCCACACUCAGGUAAAGGGCCGGCGAGCCUCCGUGGCCGGGCGCGGGUGAUACGGCGGCCGGCGCGAAGACUGAAGACGACGUGCGGCCCACAACCGCCCAACACGCAGGCGGCCGCAACAAUGGCGACAGCAACGGCGCCUGUCGGCGAAAACGGACAUCGAUGCUAGUCAAACGCAAAGAAAAGAGCGGCAAAGCCGGCGUCUGCGGUGGCGGCGGGAACGCGUGCUCGACGUGCGGAGAGUUACUAUUCAGGCUGUUCGAACAGGACGUCGGUCUCUUCCAUAUUUUGAUACAGUUAUUGCAACGCGUUUACGGGUCGCUUUUGGGCUCGAGAUGUCGUUAUCUUCCGAAAUCGUAGGCGUAUUUAGGGAAAAAAAUAAAUUCGAGUAUUUUAAGGAGGUAUUGUGAAUCAUUUUGCAGCGCAGCUAUUUUUGGAAAAGUGUUGUGUUGUCUUGUUAGAAUUCUGAAAGCUUCAGAUAUUGAUUUUUCUGGUUUUUCUUUUUGUAAUAUUACUACGCAUUGCAAAGUUGCGUGAAACGGCAAUGUGGGUCUCUCUGGACCCAACGCUGAGCAAAUCUCUGAAAACUGAGAUUUGCUUGUUGGAUUCGGAGAUGUGGCAAAAGCAGCCGCUGCUUACUUAACGCUGUUGAGCACUAACAGCAUUGAAUCUGCUUGGAGCAAACAUCAGUUUGUGUGCGUGUAAGAUACUGUGGUGAGUGAUGUUUUUUUUUGUUUCAGUUUCCGAAUAGAUUCUUAUAUUAUUUGUAUAACUUGUUGGCUAACAAGAUUUGUAUAUGUAAUUAUCGCUACUGAGACAGCAUUGACCCGCGCCGGGUCUCUGUUCUCUUGUACCAAAGAUGGCAUAUAGAGCUAAUUAUUUUGCUGAAGAAGACUUAAUUAAAGCGUAAUAAGUGCUGUAUAAAGUUUUAGUUAUUGAAUAUGUAAUUUCAGAUGAUAUCUAUUGUUCAAUUUAACUUAUUUCAGACAUUGUUGUCUCUUGUGUAUGAGUAUGGAGAGAUUUUUAGCCAGUUUAGGUUGUCUGAGUCUAGGUUUCCUGUUGUCUUGCUACUCCUAGCAGUUCCAUGCAUGUUACUGCUUGUUGUUGACAUGCAGAGUAAUUAAUAUUUUUCAUUUCAUAUGGAGACUUGACUACCUGUUUAUCUAGAACAGACAUACCUAGCACUUGGCUGAUUCUAGCAAUACUGUUUAUUUCAACUUAAUACAUUCUCACAGAGAAAGUAACAAAUUAAUAUGUCAAGUACGCACUAACUGCAUUUCGAUACCACUGAAGUGAUAAUACAAUUCUUUGUUUUAUUUUGUUGUUAAAACUCACAGAUGUUCUUUCCAGCAAGAGUGAGCCAAUAGUUGGGUAUUAUGACUCCAUACGUACUGCCAGUCACUUAUUCCAUUUAGUGAGCUAAGUGAUGCCUUUUUGUCAUUUCUCACUUACAGAUGAAUGAAAAAAUAUUAAGUAUCCUGAAUAUAUCAAGUUUUAAUAAAUCAAUGAUAUAUUGUAAAUGAAA